AUGGCGGCUAUUUCAGGAACUACAGAAAAAGAAGUGUUCACUCGUGCAAUUUGGUCGCAUAGGUUCCUAUCAAAUUCAUUGAAAGAUAAAUCAGGGGUUUCUUUGCAUGCUCAAUUACAAGAUUUUCAAUUACCGUUAGAGGAUAUUGAUAUGCUAUUUGAGUCAGGUAGUAAGUCACCAGUUACUUUAAAAACCUUGAGCGUUGAUGUGCAAUCAAAUAUUUAUUCUUUAUUGAUUUUCAGUGGGGAAUUAUGGUUAGAGAGUUCAUUUUGGAUUUUGCAAGGCGGAAGACGGACGUACUUAAAAGUUCCUUGGGACGAAGAGAGCGAAUGGAAUAUGUUGACGAAAAAAAUAUCAUCUUUUAAUGAUAAUUUAGGACCGAGAGAAACGCUCAGCGACUCCAAUAUAUUAGGAUAUGCUUCUUUGGGACUAGGAUCUUGUUAUUGUCUUAUGCAUUUAUUCCUAUCAAUGGCUAAACUAAUGCUUCAUCGAGAUUAUAUUCCUUUUAUUCCCAGCAGAUCUUCCGUUCCAUCUGGUCCUUUGGAUCCACCAAAAAUAUGCGACAGUGCUCCAUAUUUGUGGUGGCGAAAUUCCGCUCGUGUUGUUUUCGAUAGUGCAAGGAGUAUAGCGACAAUUUUACACUCGUUGAAAGCUGAAGAUUACUGCUGCAAUCCAUUUUACGGAUUUUCAGCUUUUACUGCGGCUGGUAUGUUAUCAUAUCUUCACUACUUCCCAAACUACGAUCCUGAAUUUUGUGACUCCAAAGUAUAUUACGAUUAUUGUUUAGACUAUCUUUCAUCUUAUGCCGAUAAAUGGGAAAUAGGAAAAUCUUAUCAUAAAUGGGCGUUAGAGAUCUCAACCAUUUAUAAGUUUGCAUGCCGCAAAAGCAACAGGCUUACUGUGUCAGAGGUGCAAUCUCUGAGAGAUAAAUACAUUGAUAUGUCAACCAUAUCAGAUCCCAUUGAAUCUUCCGAUCUUUUGAACAUUCAACAACUAAUACAUUCGAAUGAUCAGAGUACAGAGCUGCCCCAGGAUUCGUUUGCCACAAAAUCACAGUCACUUUUUAGUCUAGAGUAUGCAGAAUCCAGUAGCUCAUUGGACUUUGAUUACUGGAGCUCACUUCCUUCCAUGAACAUGUUUGGCACUUCACCAUUAUAA